AACCAACCUCUUGUCGUUGCAGCAAAAGAGCAAAUUUCCCAGUGAGGAGCGAUUGAAGCAAACACAAUGGAGUGUUGGAAUUCUUAUCUCUUCCCUCUUGAUUCAAAAGGAAAAUGUUUCUUCCAAUCUUCAUCAUGAACACAUUCAACUCCGCGAUUAUGAACUUCGAUUCGUUUUCCAGCCUUGUUUUCGCCGAAUGACAAAUGCAGAUUGAGAUAUGGCUUUAUCAUCCUAUUGCUUUCUUUGCUUGUUUCAUUUCAACAAAUCGAACAAUUGGUUUCGCCAGGAGACCAACAUUUCCAAGGGAUUUUCUGGCGGAAAGCGGGGCGGAAAUGGAGAUUUCAUUGGUUCGCAUUCGAGGCAAGCGGCUGAUUCUCUUAUCACUCGUCACAUUUCUUGGAAUUGGAGACUGAAUGCUAUCGGCCUUGACUCGACCACAAACUCCCAAGCUCGUAUCUCCACCAUUCACGACAAAGCCCACAAUGCCGCCGCCGUUGCCACGAUUGAAAUCCAUGUCACUUGUUACCAGCUUAUUGGUGUCUCAGAUCAAGCUGAAAAAGAUGAGAUUGUUAAAUCAAUAAUGGAAUUAAGAAAUGUUGAAAUUGAAGAAGGUUACUCCAUUGAUGCUAUUUCAUCUCGCCAGGAUCUUUUAAUGGAUGUGAGAGAUAAACUUCUAUUUGAACCAAAUUAUGCUGGUAAUAUGAAGGAAAACAUCCCACCUAAGUCUUCCAUUCGAAUUCCUUGGGCUUGGUUGCCAGGUGCACUUUGUCUUCUUCAAGAGGUCGGAGAAGCAAAAAGGGUGCUUGACAUUGGACAGACAGUUAUUCAAUGUCCAAUGGCUAAGCCUCAUAUGCAUGACAUACUUCUUUCUAUGGUAUUAGCGGAGUGUGCCAUUGCAAAAAUCGGGUUUGAGAAGAACAUGGUGUCUCAAGGAUUUGAAGCUCUUGCACGUGCUCAAUAUCUACUAAGGAGUCAAACAUCUCUUGCGAAACUAAAAUUGUUAUCUCAGAUUGAAGAAUCUUUGGAAGAACUUGCACCUGCUUGCACAUUGGAGUUGUUGGGUAUGCCUAGCUUACCCACGAAUACCGAACGGAGAGCAGGAGCAAUUGCAGCAUUACGUGAAUUGCUGAGACAAGGUCUUGAUGUGGAAACAUCAUGCCAGGUUCAGGAUUGGCCAUGCUUCUUAAGCCAAGCUCUUGGUAGGCUAAUGGCGGCAGAAAUAGUUGAUCUUCUUCCAUGGGAUGAAUUAGCUCUUAUUAGAAAGAAUAAAAAAUCAAUCGAGUCACAAAAUCAAAGGGUUGUGAUUGAUUUUGAUUGCUUCUUAAUGGCUUUUAAAGCUCAUCUUGCCCUUGGGUUUUCAACUAGGCAGACAGAGUUGAUUGAAAAGGCAAAAACUAUAUGUGAAUGUUUGAUGUCAUCAGAGGGUGUCGAUUUGAAACUUGAGGAGGCUUUUUCCAUUUUUCUUCUUGGUCAGUGCAGUGAUUCUGAGGUUUUUGAAAAGCUUCAACAGUCGACUUUGAAUUCUAAACCAGCUAUGCCUACCCGAUUGCCAAAUCUAGGAAUGGAGAAAAAGAAUGCAGAGAACACAAACCAAUUGUUGGAAAUAUGGUUGAAGGAUACUGUACUUGAUGUCUUUAAAGAUACGCGGGAUUGCUCCCUCACGCUGGUUAGUUUUCUCCAUGGCAAGAAGAAAAUGGAUGCAAAGAAGAAAAUUAACCAUUCUCAGCAGAGUAUCACAAAUAACAGGCCCAUAUCCUCUUCUUUUGUAUCAGAGUGGAGGGAUGUUGAGAACUCCUUUCCUAAUUUGAGUUCUUCCCAAAAUCUUGGGAACAUUAUUAGACAGUUAACUCCCACUAACUUGCCGAGUCAAUUAGGAACGGAAAAAGAAAAGACUGAUGCCAACACAUCAUCAGUUCAAUUGAAAAGGAACCUUCGCCUAAACAAAUGGAAAAUUUCAGAAUUUUGGUUGGCCAGGGACAGUCUUGUCAGUAACAUGAAAGUUCUUGUCGUAGUUGGAUGUAUUAGCUUUGCUUCGUUCAAGCUAAUGAGUACGACGAUGAAGAGGAAACUUGUUCCUCCAUGGACCCCACAUAUAGCAAGCCUGAAUGCAAGCUCUCUUUUCAGCGAUGAGGGUCUAUCCGCAGAUAAUGUUAUAAGAGCUCCAAAUAGGAAGAGCCGUUCAAAUCUUAGUAGUAGUCUUAAAAGGCUUUUGUCGAAUUUAAUGAGGAAGGGCAGGAACUUAUCAGGCACAAGCGAUACGCCAAUGUUAUCUGCAAUUUCAGCUCUGCAUCAGAAGCCGAUGUCGGUUGAAGAAGCCGAAGCCCUUGUGAAGCAAUGGCAAAUGAUUAAAGCUGAAGCUUUGGGGCCUAACUAUCAAAUUUAUAGACUUGAGGAAAUUCUUGAUGGAACAAUGCUUUUCCAGUGGCAAGCUCUAGCUGAUGCUGCAAAAGCUAAAUCAUGCUAUUGGAAAUUUGUUUUGCUGGAAUUGUCUGUCCUACGAGCUGAACUCUUGUCAGAUAAACUUGGAGCAAUGACUUUAGAAAUUGAGGUUCAUUUAGAGGAAGCAGCUGAGCUUGUCAAUGAAGCUGAACCAAAGAACCCAAGCUACUAUAGCAAUUAUAAAGUUCGUUAUUUAGCAAAGAGGCAACAGGAUGGUUCUUGGAAGUUCUGUGAAGGUGAAAUACAAGUACCAGCUUAGUAGAGUCGUUCUUUUGUAAGAAAUAGAGAAUUUUAGGUCAUUUGGUCUCUCCAAACUUGUUGCAUCAUUGAUCUUCAUCCACCAAGUGUAUUAGUCAUUUAAUCAUCUACUUUAUAUUUGUUAUAUCAACAUCAUCAUUAAUAUAGUUAAUCUUAUUGAUACACUUCAUUUA